CCUCGAGACCAAACAAACAAACACAGCUGAAGAAGAAACCUCACCCUUCGAACCUUAAGAUAGAGGACGAAGAAGAAGAAGAAGAAGAAGAAGAGAAAUCGAAUCCUUGUUUUGGCUAAUUCCAUGGCGGUUUCUACUGUAUCAUCGCUUCUGUUACCAUCAUUCGUCAUUCCAAGCUCUUCGCCUUCUUCUACGAAACUCAAAGUCUCUCUGCUACCUUCAUCUUCUUCUUCUACCCAUAGCGGCCUUACUUCCUCCGUCCUUACCAAACCUUCCAUCUCGUUUUUGAAGCUCUUCGCUGUUCCUGAAACCCUAGAUCCUACUCCAGAAAUUCUCGAUGAACCCUCUGAGGUUCCGAGUUCUUCCUCCAUCAGUGUUGACGCAGAUAAGAUGGCGCCAAAGCAAAAGAUUAGGAUCAAGCUUAGAUCAUACUGGGUGCCUCUUAUUGAGGAUUCAUGCAAGCAGAUACUUGAUGCUGCCAGAAAUACCAAUGCUAAGACAAUGGGUCCUGUUCCAUUGCCAACCAAGAAGCGUAUCUACUGUGUUCUCAAGUCUCCUCACGUUCACAAGGACGCUAGGUUCCAUUUCGAAAUCCGGACACACCAGCGCAUGAUUGAUAUUCUCUACCCUACUGCUCAAACUAUCGAUUCUUUGAUGCAACUUGAUCUUCCUGCUGGUGUUGAUGUUGAAGUGAAGCUCUGAAGAACCAACGUAACUAUAAUGAGGUGGAUGGGCGUUUUGCAUUGAAUGAAUAGACCGUUUCAGAUAUCAACCGCAUUGUUUAGAACUGGUAAGCCUUGUUAUCAUCUUUUUGAGAGAGAGCCUUUGUAAUGAAAAAUGUAAGUUGUAUUAUCUGGUCCUAGCAAAGUUGGAAUCUUUAGCGAUGCUUGGUUCUUAGUUGAUGAACAUAUAUCUUCAAUUAAGCAAGUUCAAAGGAAUUUGUUUUUUGUUUUACUAAUUGCUGUUAUGAUCAAAUUGUUUUCUUUAUGUA